AUGUCUUGCGGGGAAAGAGGUCGCCAAGCAGCUGUUGCUAUCUCUUCGCUCUCCGUUAAAGAUCCGGGGCGGGGCAGAUUGGGUGUAGCAGCUUCGGAGUCUGUCGGUGAGGUAGUAAUCUUCAUUAUCGUCAGCAAGCGCUACGAUGAUGACUUUAGGAGGUUGUAUUUCGGCAACAUGACUGCGGGGUUUUUCGAAGUUGCCUACAUUACUGUGGUGAGACUUCGGAUGGCACAGUUCACCGAGUUGACCUGCGGAUGGCGCGUUUUGUUGGUCAUGCAUGUAUGCUCGCGGACGGGGAGGUCGGCAAAGGUGGCUGUUGUUGGAUGCAUCGCCAUCAGAAUAAUUUCAAAUCCAGAUGAUCGGCCUAAUACAGCGCCAAAAUGGAUUCGGGUCCGCGCCUCAAGGUCUUUUUUUCUUCUAGCAAGCUUCGACCCUUCGUGCAAAGGACCAAUGGCUGCUGCCUCAGCUCGCGCCCAUGGCCUCUUUUUUCAAACAAUCAGCUUCUUUGGGAGGAAUAUGUCUAUUGCGGAAUAUAGCUUGAAGAUUUUAUCUGUCAGCUAUGACAGAGAACUCGUUGGAAGAGAAAGAAUGAAGAGUAACAUCAUCCCACCAUUGGAUCUCCUUAAGCAUCUCCCGUAG